UUCUCUGCGGUUUCCUCUUUAACGGUACGCGUCGUUGCUACGCAGUAAAUGGCUUGCGAGGAGAGGGCAGUCCGAGGGGCUGUGUGUGGUGUCCGGUGUCCGGAUGUAGAUGGGUCUGCCUUUGUGGAGCCUCUUGUCUCCUGGGGCAGCUCUUGCCCUUCUGUCUCUGGAGGUCUGCUUGGGCUCCUCCUCGCACUCCCUGCGCUUCUUCUACACGGGGGUAUACGAUCCCAACCGGGAGCUGCCCCACUUCGGAGCCGUGGGGUAUGUCAACGACCACCUCUUUGUGCACUACGACAUCAGCACCAGGAAGGCCCUGCCUCGAGUGCCGUGGGCAGAGGCGGUGGAGAAGGAGGAUGCCCUGUACUGGGAGAAGAACGCCGAGAACUUCCGCAAUGCUGAGCUGCGCUUCAGAGGGAGCCUGGUGAGGCUGCAGCUGCGCUACAACCAGAGCGGGGGGUUUCACACACUACAGCGCAUGUUUGGCUGUGAGCUGAGUGAGGAUGGGAGCAGAAGAGGGCAUUACCAGUGCGCCUACGAUGGGAGGGACUUUGUCAGCUUUGACAAGGAGACCCUCACCUGGACGGCGGCUGAGGUGGCAGCCCAAUUUACCAAGACGAAGCGGGAUGCUAACAUAGCCUAUUCUCAGUACUGGAAGCGCUACCUGGAGGAAGAAUGCAUCAGCUGGCUACAGAAGCACCUGGAUUAUGGGAAGAAGACUCUGCUGAGGACAGAGCCCCCAACGGUGAAGGUGACACGCCAAGCUGGUUAUGAUGCCCUGGAAACCCUGACCUGCCGGGCUCAUGGCUUCUACCCCAAGGAGAUAAAUGCCACUUGGAGGAAGGAUGGGGAGCCCUGGGAGCAGGACACCUUCCGCGGGGGCAUCGCCCCCAACCCGGACCAGACCUACCACACCUGGCUCAGCAUCAAGAUUGACCCCAAAGACCGGGACCACUACCAGUGCCACGUGCAACAUGCUAGCCUGCCGGAACCUGCAAUAUUCGCCUGGGAGGAGCCUGCCUCCAUGUGGCUCAUUGUUGGGGCUUCCUUGGGAAGCAUGACUGCCGUUCUGCUGCUUGCCGGAGUCCUCUUAUAUGUCCGGAAAUGGCACAAGGGCUACAGCACAACAUCAACAAGUGAGCGGGGCUGUAACAUCUCAACCAGGGCCUGAUAACGCCUCCGUUUGUGCAAAGACAGAAAGAGGAAUCUACUCAAGGAUCAUCUGUGUGUCACAGAAGGGCCUGCCGGUCUGUACCAGUAUUUGUUCUACUACUAGGCCAGGCUCUAGUCCAGCACCGGCAUCCCAUCUCCAGCUGGCAAAGUGAUUUGGGAUUUGUGGUGCAGUGCCUUUCACAUGGGUUUGGGGCUAAUUUUUGUUUUUUGGCCGAUUCUCCCACCCCACCCCGCCACUCCCCGGCAAAGCAUUUAUACUAAAUUGUGUGAGACACAUUUAAGAAAUGGAUCAGGAUUGGAACAGGGCCUAAAAGCGGUGAAAUCAAAGAAAGCCAGGCAGAGUGUCAGGCCUAGCCUUAAACUGCAUGUUACAUGAAAUUUGUCAUUUGGCCCUGCAUGCUUACCUGUCUGCCCCCACCUCUGCUUCAGUUAAUUGCACCUACAGGGGUGUAUAUGUGUGUGAGGCAGGGCUGCAUAAUUUCAGUCAUCUAGCUGUUGUUAAACUACAACUUCCAUCAUCCCUGACUAUUGAUCACGGUGGCUGCGGAUUAUGGGAGUUGUAGUCCACCAGCUGUUUUUGUUGUUCAGCCCUGGUGUGGGACGGGAUCAGACCUGUGGAGCUUAUGGAGGGGAUGUUUAACCCUUUCACCUUUCAGCACAGCCACAUUGAUUUUCAGUGUAAUAUGGAGCUUUAGCUCUUCUGCAUUUGUCUGAUCUGGAGGCUUACAAGUCUGCCUUGAGCUGGAGGGCAAUCAGUGAUGUCGGGCCCCAGAUAUAUGUCCGAAUAUGGCUAAGGAGAAACUUCUUAAUGGUAAGAGCAAUGUAACCAUGGAACCAAGUUCCUAGGCUCUCCCUUGCUGGAGGUCGACAGGCUGGACAGCCAUCUGCUGGAUUCCCUGCAUCGAGAUGGUCGGACUACGUAGCCUAUAAUGCCCCUUCUAACUUUAUGAUGCACAUUAUCAUCACCAGAACUAUGUUUUACAGGUGGAAGGGGUUUCAACCUUUUAAAGGAAAGUAUAACCCUUCUGUCUUAAACCUUCUGAUCAGAUACCUCAGAGAGAACAAGAAAGCAAGAGUGCAUGAGUACACAUACACACAAAUCUAAAUAUUACAAUUCAGAGACAGACAUAAGAACAUAAGAACAGCCCUGCUGGAUCAGGCCCAAGGCCCAUCUAGUCCUGCAUCCUGUUUCGGACAGUGGCCCACCAGAUGCCAUUGGUAAGCCACAGGCAGGAGUUGAGGGCAUGCCCUCUCUCCUGCCAUUACUCCCCUGCAACUGGUACUCAGAGGCAUCCUGCCUUUAGAUUAGUUAGUAUACUCACUGGCUUACAUCCAGAUUGCCACUCAUGAAAUUAACAAGAAAAUUAAAUUUGCCCCAUUAAUUUUGAUAGCACUACUCAUGAGUAUCUUAAUCUGGAGGUAAGCCUGUGACUGUGAUAGCCAAGUCCUCUGAUCAGGAGGCAACAGAGCUGCAUCGUAAUCACUGUCUGUAAGUAGGGAGAGCUCUGAAUACUACUGUGAACUACUACCAAUAUUUAUAUACCGCUUUUCAACCGUUACAAGCCUUAAAAGUACCCCCAUAGAGUUGUGUGCUCCUAGCUGGGAACCACUGUUUUACAGUAUUAUUGAGACUGCCUCUCUCUUCAGGUUUAAUGUGAAUAUUUAACUUCCUUUAAGAUUAUCAAACUCUUGGUGUUUAUUCUGUGAAUUUUUUCAGUUUCCAUUUUUUUUUUGCUCACUGAUGAUUUGUGCUUAUAAAUAUGCCUCAGUAAAAUGUUUAUUUAUCAAAGUGGCUGUGUGUUAGUCAUUAUAAAGGAUAUCGCUUUAUGGUCAUCCUGAACUCCUGCUGUAUCAUUGGAUAGCACCAACACACUGACCCCAACUGAUGUGAAUACCGGUUCGUCCCUGGGUCCGCCUUAAGCCAAUCAAACAGACACAGUGGGAAUCAAUUAGAGGCUUGGUUUAAUGCUCUGCAGAAGCAGGUAGACAAUGGGGCUCACGCUCCACAUUGAAUACAAAUGGGUUAUAGGUGCAUCUUACAUUUAUACAGACAAUCUGAAUGAUGCUGACAUAGUAUACGUGGCAGUAAAAUGGUGGACUAAGUAUCUAGUACGCAUGCGAAUGAUUCAUUGUUCAUCUGGUGAUCACUCCUUAUUUGGUUACAUCCUGUUUUAUUAACUGUCAGCAAAGAACGGUGAGAACCAAGUUUCUUUAGAUACAAUUUAGUGGAGAGAGAUAAUCAUGUGAGGCCGUGUCCUUGAGCUGGCCUGAGCUGGGCUGGGGUUGCUUUAAGUUAGAAUUAGGUUUUCUAAGCAAACUUGGAGAUGCUUUGGUAUUCUAUGUAAAAUGGAGUUACUUUGGUUUACUCAAACACAUCACAACACUGCACUAAAAGCAGCAGAGAUCCACUUCUCAAAUUUAAUGUGCAUAAGUAUGGACCCGCAACAAAAUGUUGCAGUAUAAUUCUGGCAUACAUGUCUCUUAUGUGAACCUGUACUCUCACAAAUGCUGAACAAUUCCCCUGGUUCAAUCACAACACAGAAUCAGUCUCCCUUUCUGUUCUGUCCAACUCUCAACUGUCAACUACCUGUCACUAUUUAAAUCCCUCCCUGAACAUUCCAUAUGGUUUCCAUGACAACCUCUGCUCGCUCACUCACUCUCUCCAACCCUCUACAUUACAUGUAUGUUUCUUCACAGGGAGUAUUCAAGUUGAGAAAUGUACCUCUCUUUUUGUUCGAACCCUAUUUUUAAAUUUUGGAGUGUGUGCAAAGGAGCGAUUCAGAUUAAUGCACGAUUAAAGGACAUCACGGCAGCCUGUCAAGAUGUCCUACAAUGAUGUUGGGGCAAGUGUGAUCUUGGAGUAUCCCUGCCCUGAUGGCACAACGAGCCGGUUGAUCAUGCCAACCAGCUCUAAAUCUUCUGUCUGUACUAUUUCCCUAUUAUAUUUUAUAUGUAUAAUUGUAUAUAUUAUUUCCCUAAUAAACAGCACAUCCUUUGAAUUAUAUGGCA